CGCAAAACAAACUGGGAAUUUGCGUACAUUUUUAUUUCUUUCACUUGCUUGCUUCUUAUACGGAUGGAGUGUAACUGCGAUUGGUGCAGUACAAAACGCAGCAAUUUGCCAAACAGGGGAUAUAUCAGCAAGUAAAUUUGAGUGUUUAGCUAUAUCUGAUACCAGUUACUCAUUUGCUGUUGGACCUUUCUUUGCUAUGGGUGGAUUGUUAGGUUCUCUGAUUAUUGCACCAUAUUUAGGUAACAAAGAAGGCUGGAAUAAUCUCUCUAGAGUUGCAUUCAGUGGAUUUGCAAGUUUAGUUGGUCAAGUUAUCAUUGCAAUGACGCCAUUUUCAAGUUUACUAUUUGUCGGUAGAUUUUUAUCUGGAAUAAGCGCAGGGGUAGCUAUCGUCUCCGUCCCAAUCGAGUUUGAGAGGAUGAAGGAUAGCGAAGAUAGCUACUUAGGUUUACUCACUCAAAUUUCUAUUGUUUCAGGUUUGACAACGGCUCAAGCGCUGAGCUUAGUACUCGCUAAACCAACGCUAUGGAGGCUUAUGCCUGGUAUUGCCGGUAUUCUCUCUGGUUUGCAAUUACUUUUACAUAGAAAAGAGUUACCAUUACCAACUGACGAUCAUGAAGAAGAGGAAUACAGACCAGAUUUGUCAAUGUUAGACGUCUUCAGGGAUAAAGAAAUGAGGCCUAACCUCAUUAAAGCCAUCUUAUUGCUCGCUUCACAACAAAUUGCCGGUAUAAAUAUCAUCCUUUUCUAUUCCAAGAUGAUAUUCAACAGUGAUUUGAUAAGUAUGGGUAUCACACUAGUCAACUUGGUGAUGACUUUUGUAACUGUACUGGUAGUAAACAGAUUAGGGAAAAGAUCACUAUUUAAUAUCAGUUAUAUUGGUGCUAUUGCUUCGAUUGGUGUCUUAUCACUAUCAUUAGAUAGAAGUUACAUUAUUACGAGUAUCGCAAUAUAUAUUUAUAUAGCGAGCUUCUCAAUUGGAUUAGGACCAUUACCAUUUGACAUCCUAACAUCACUAUCAACCGAACAAACAAAAAAUUCACUUACAAGUAUAGGGUUGAGUGUGAACUGGUUGAGCAAUUUGGCAGUUUCAGCUGCUUUCUCAAUAUUAGUUAGCAUUUUAGAUAAAAAAUUGAUUUUUGCGCUUGUUUUUAUAAGCAAUUUAGUUGUUCUUGUUCUUGUAAAUGUCAAAUGGUGACGAUUUAAACGAUGAUUUAGACUACAACUUUGAUAAUAUAGAGUCUGAUAAUGAUGGCAGCUUCGUAGAUGAAGAAUUUAUGGCUCCAAAUGACAGUGAGGAGACACUAGAGGUUGCUACUGGGAAGAAAAGAGAAAGGGAUGAUGCAGAGCCACAACAGCAGACGCAACAGAAGAAAAAGAAGUCUAAGAAGACUAAGCAAUGGUUUAGUCAAGUGCCAGAUAUCGCAAAGUCGUCUGAAUCGAGCCAGUACGACUUUUUAGUUGAUCAGUUGAAAUCUGCGUACAGUAAAUUGAGCGAUAUUGAGCUUGAGGAGAAGUUAAUACCUGAAUCUGCUAUAGAAGCUACGACGUCUUACAGUCAAUCAAGGAGUAAGGAUACUAUUGUGGACUUUAUCAGUAGCCAUUUUGGUAGUUUGAAGGACUCACUGAGUAAACAGAACAAACAAAAUGGUAGUCCAAGGUUGCUCGUUAUCUGUCCAUCCGCUAUACGCUGCACAGAUAUCGUACGCUCUUUGAAGCAACUGAACCCAUCGAAGGAUGUCCCAAUCGCUAAAUUAUUCGCUAAGCAUAUCAAAUUACAUGAGCAGAAGGAGUUCUUGCAGUCAAAUCAGACUGUUAUCGCUGUAGCUACGCCCAAUCGAGCGAAAUCGUUAAUAGAAGAUGGUGCAUUCAGCACAAAGUACCUAGGAUUAAUUUUAUUAGACACUAGCUACGUAGAUGACAAACAGCGUACAUUAUUUGACGUCCCAGAGAUCAAACAGCAGUUAUUUGAUUUCCUCGGUUUGAAAUCAAUUUAUGAGCGUUUCAAAGGAGAUAAAGGUGGUCAAGGGGAGAAAGGACGUAAAACUGCUUUAUGUUUAUUCUAAUAUACAAAUACAUUAACUUAUCUAUCUAUUCACUCCUCACCGACCCAGCGAUUGGCAAUUUCACCAAUGUAAGGUAGUGGGUACCUCUCUAAACUUUGUGAAUCCCUGUAUGCGUGCAAAGCUGUCUUUCCUAGUGCGAAAAUGUCCAACAAAAUGGCGCACCAAUUGAAGAUUGAUGGGAAGCGUAAAAUGAGUAGUACGAAGUGUAAGAGAGCAAGUAUAGCCGAAAGUAAUGCAGAUUGAUAAGCGUGGUAUCGUAUGUAAUCCGAGGUUGUUUCAAAUAUCAGAAGUAAGAGCGCACUAAUAGGUCCUAAGACGUACGCUGAUGCGGCUUCUACGUCAACUCUCCAACCAAAGCGGGUCUCCCAUGCGCCUACAGCGUGUCCAGCUUCUAAAUUAUCAGAAUCUUGUAUAUCACCGUAGAGUGGUUGAGGAGUUUGUCCAGAUUGGUAGGAAUUCAUAGUCGCU